AUGUUAUCGCACUUUAGAACUGACAAUGUUGAACCAUUUGCAGUUAGUGGUGUUGAUUUUGCCGGACCGUUAAAGUAUAAAGUACCAAAAAAUUUUACGUUGAUUAAAAAAUGUUACGUUGCACUUUUUACAUGCGCAAGCACUAAAGCCGUCUAUCUUAAACUUUGUCAUGACCUAUCAGCAGUAAAAUUUCAGGGGGUUUUAAAAGAAUUUGUUGCGAGGAAAAGAACACCUCAGAUGAUAAUCAGUGACAAUGCGAAAACAUUUGUGGCAACAGGGAAUUGGUUACUUACACUUAAAAACGACGAGAAUAUUGCCAACUAUCUUGCUAUACAAGCUAUUAAAUGGAGGUUUAAUCUAUCAAGAGCCCCUUGGUGGGGAGGUUUGUUUGAAAGAUUGAUUGGAAUAAUGAAGAAAAGCUUAUCUAAAACUAUCGGUAAAGUGCUUACUUUCAAUGAAUUAGAGGAAGUAUAG